AUGUCUACCAUUAGCAUCUUGCAUGUAACAAUCAUUAGCAAGCCAGCAAAUUAUCUCCAAAACUUGGUGUCGGGAGCUUCCAAGGCGAAGCGUCUCCCUCCCUGUACUACACCCGCCUCUCGCCUCCGCGCUUCUUGCUCCACAAAACCAGAAGCUCAUCAAAUCCGACGACGCUCCGGAAACUAUAGGCCUGCCCUUUGGAAUUUCAGCUACAUUCAGUCUCUCAACACUCCAUAUAAGGAAGAGAGACACUUGGACAGGGAAGCAGAGCUAAUUGUGCAAGUUAAGAUUUUGAUUAAGAAAAAAAUGGAGCAUGUCCAAUGGUUAGAGUUGAUUGAUGACUUGAAAUAUUUGGGAAUCUCUCAUUUUUUCCAAAAUGAGAUUAAGCAUAUUUUAUGUUGUGUAUAUAAUGGGCACAAAUGGUUCCACAAUAUGGAAGCUGAUGAUCAAAGGGAUUUGUAUUUCACAGCUCUUGGAUUUAGAAUUCUCAGACAACAUGGUUUCCAUGUUCCCCAAGAGAUGUUUAAUUGUUUCAAGAACAAGAAUGGUAGUGAUUUCAAGGCAAGCCUUGCUCGAGAUACCAAAGGAAUGUUGCAACUUUACGAAGCAGCUUUCCUUUUGAUAAAAGGUGAGGAGACACUAGAGCUUGCAAGACAAUUUUCUACUAGAUGUCUCCAGAAAAAACUUGAAGAUGAUGAUACUGACGACGAUCUUUCGUCAUGGAUUCGCCACUCAUUGGAGAUCCCUCUUCAUUGGAGAACACCAAAUCUAGAGGCAAGAUGGUUCUUGGAUGCAUACGCGUUGAGACCCGACAUGAAUCCAACCAUCUUUGAGCUUGCCAAACUACAUUUCAACAUUGUUCAAGCAACACAAUUAGAAGAACUCAAAGAUGUCUCAAGGUGGUGGAAAAAUUCAAGCCUAGUUGAGAACCUCCCAUUUGUGAGGGAUACGGUGGUGGAAAGCUACUUUUGGGCAGUUGGAGUGUUCGAAGCUCAUCAAUGUGGGUAUGAACGAAAAAUGGUUGCGAAGGCUACUACUCUGAUAACAGCUCUCGAUGAUGUUUACGAUAUCUACGGUACACUAGACGAACUUGAAUUGUUCACGGACGCAAUUAGAAGAUGGGAUAUUGAAUCAAUCAACCGGCUUCCCGAUUACUUGCAAUUGUUUUAUUCCGUAAUCCACAACUUUGUUUCCGAAUUAGCACGUGAUAUUUCUAAAGAAGAUGAUAUCACAUCUCUACACAGACCGUGGGUGGAUUUGGUUGAAGCAUAUUUACAAGAGGCAAAGUGGUACCAGAGAGGAUAUACACCAAGCAUGGAAGAAUACCUUAACAACUCCAUCAUUUCAAUAGGGGUUCCUGCAGUGAUAUCUCAACUACAUUUUAUGUUAGCUGCAUCCAAAGAGAAGCUAGUCAUGGAGGACUUGUGCAAAUACGACAACGUAAUUCGCCUUUCCGGGAUGCUUGUACGACUUCCUGAUGAUCUAGGAACAUCACAGCUUGAGAUGAAGAGAGGUGACGUGGCAAAAUCAAUCCAAUGCUACAUGAAGAAACAAAAUGCUAGCGAGGAAGAGGCGGAAGAACACGUGAGGUUUCUGAUAAGGGAGGCGUGGAAGGAGAUAAACACGUGCAUGGCAGACUAUCCAGCGGGUGAUGAUUUGCUUCAGGUUAUAGCUAAUACCGGAAGAGUGGCGCAGUUUAUGUAUCUCGACGGAGAUGGCAACCACUCUCAAUUACAUCAACGGAUUUCAAGCAUGUUGUUUCAGCUAUAUCACUAACAAUGGCGGACCUAGGUGGGGUCAGGGUCCACAAAAAACUCUAAUAAAUUCG